GUGAUGCAAAUCGCGUUUCUCGAUCGGUUUGAUCCGUUUUGGCUGUCAAUUCUGCAGAACAAGCGGGGAGAUGCUUCUGUGACACUCGCCUUGCGUAGCUAGCCUUUGUCCCGCCGCAGGACGCGAGAUGGAUCCGUCCAGGAGGAGCGAGAGCGACUGGCAGGGGCUACUCAGUGAGUUCCUGGUUUGUAAGCAGAAGUUGGAGAGUAAGAAAGAAGCUCUUCUGAUUCUGUCUAAAGAGCUGGACACAUGUCAGCAGGAGAGGGAUCAGUACAAACUGAUGGCCAACCAGCUCCGUGAGCGACACCAAGGACUCAAGAAGAAGUACAGAGAGCUCAUUGAUGGAGAUCCUUCGCUGCCUCCGGAGAAAAGGAAUCAAGUAAAUUUAGCCCAGCUGCUGAGAGACUCCAGAGAGCGAAACUCUCAGCUGACUGAGGAGGUGAAGGAGAUGAAACAGCGACUGCUGGAAGCUCAGGGCGACAACAAGCUCCUUCGGAUGACCAUCACCAAACAGAGGCUCGGAGAUGAGGAGGUCGGAGCUCGACACUUUCCUGCACACGAGAGAGAAGAUCUGGUCAAACAGUUAGAAAGGGCGAGAGAACAGAAUGAGGUGCUGGAGAACAGCGUGAAGUCGUUAACAGACGAGCUUCAGGAUGUUCGAGCGGAGCGGGACGUAUUUCAACAGAAAGCUCAUCGUCUCAAUAUGGAAAUGAACCACAUAGUCGGGAAUGAUGAUAUCCGGAUUUUAGACAUUGAUGCGCUCUGCAUGGAGAACAGGUAUUUGCAUCAGCGACUUAGUCAACUUCAAGAAGAGGUCAACCUGCUCAAAACAAAUCUGGUGAAGUACAAGAGUGCCCUGGAGUGUAGAAAGACCUCUAAAAUCAGUGGAAAACCCAACAGUAGUGCUCUGACUGGAGUGCUUUCUGCUAAACAAGUGAAGGAACUUCUGCUGUCUGAAGAAAACGGCUGCAGCUUGCCGGUGACUCCUCAGUCCAUCUCAGACCUCAAAUCUCUCGCCACAGCUCUGCUGGAAACGAUCCAUGAGAAAAACAUGGUGAUACAACACCAGCGCCAAAUCAACAAGAUUCUUGGAAAUCGGGUAGCAGAGCUGGAGAAGAAACUAAAAACACUAGAGAUGUCUGGAUUAUGGAGCCUUCCAGGCCUGACUUAUAAUGUGUCUCUUGGAAUAUGUGGAAGAGGAAGAGACGCCAUCAUCCUGAACCCGCAGCAGGUUGACUCGACCGAUUCUCCAGGACAGAAAGGUGACAAAAGGUCAGAAAAUAAAGCUGAUGAUCAGGAGAGCUCCCCAGAAGUUCCAAACCAAGACAGUGUAACACCAGCCGCGUCAGAUUUUCAAGAUGACACACCAGCACCAUCGUGUGUGGAGACCUCCCACCCAAACACCUCGCCACAGUCAGCUGAGGAAGAGUCAGCCGGGCCUCAAACAGAAAUGCCAGCUAGUGAGGAGCUUCAAGAAAGUGGCCAGUCACAAAGCACAACAGAUUUUCUGACUUUAACAACAGAAGAGGAAGGUCUGAGUGACUCCAGUACUAAUGUGAACUACAGACCUCAUCCAUCAGACCCCACCCACUCGCAGCAACUCUUAGAGGACUCAGUCCCAGCAGCUGGGCGAGAGGAUGAGUCAGGUGAAUGCACUGAAGGGGUGGACAGUGUUGAAAUGGAGUGUAUUAUAAUAGGGGAAAAGAGUCAUAUUAUAUCAUCUACUACUAUCUCUGCUACAGCUUCUGAAGAGCAGCAGGAGGGCGUCCUAUCAAACCAGUAGGCUGAUGUUUGCAGUAGUCAGGAGGUAUGAAGUUGCAUAGUGUGAAGGAAAAAAGAAAAUCAAGUAUAGUAUUUACAAAAUGUCUAUUUAUAGUUCUGUGACACUCUUUAUUUAUUUUCAUGAGUAAUACAAAACUCAAGAAAUGGAAAAACAAAUUAUUGGGACGCAGCAUAAUGGAUUUCAAAUGAGUGCACCCCCCGUGAGUGAAGUAACAGUGACUCCUACCAACCUGAAGACCCUUUAAAUCUAAUGUUUCCGGCUUUCACUCAGUCCAUUCUCACGCAGUCCCACCUUUUACACUGAUAGCAGUGGGACCAAAAGUAACCGGACACCUGAACAAUACAUCGAUGUGCGAUUUUUAGUCAUUCCAGCUACACUUAAAAACCAAAGUGGUCAACAAUGAGGAGCAUGUGCAAACGUGUGGAGUGAAUUUGUGGAAUAGUAUGAAGGAAGAUUUGAAAAGAUGCAUGAAUAUAAAUCAGUCUUUUAAAAAAAUUAUAUAAAUAAACAGCAGAUACAAUAGGGCCUUCACACAUUUUGUGCGUGGGCCCUAAAUAUAUACUUGUAAAGCAGUAUACGGAGGAGCCAGGGUGUUAAAUAUUAAACUCUGCACUUGGACACUGGGUGGAUAUGUGGGUUGCACACUGUAGGGUGAUGUAAUUGUUGUAUUGUACAUUAAAUAUGAAUAAUUGUAUAUAAUUAUAUAAACAACUAUUUUUUGAUAGGUGUAGUUAAAUAAUUAUAGAUCAUUGUAUAAAUAACAAGGGACUUUGUAUUAGAUGGGUAUAUUUAUUCACAGAUAAUGUAUACAUAUACAUAAACAUUAGGCUGUAUAACCAAGAACAGAAAUAUAUGAAUUAAAUAGGGGUAGGAAUGAAUAAGCAUUUGCUUCCUCCUACUCCUGUCAAACAGGAAACGGUCAGCGUUUUAUGGAAUUUCAGUUGAGGGAGUUUGACUGGCAUGUUUGUUCAUCACGUUAAUAUGAUGGAUUUGUUUUAUUUCAUGUUUGUUUGGGGUUUUAUGUUUAUUAACAUUUGUUACUUCUGUGUUUGAAAUUGAUUUCAUCCAUUCAUUCAUUCAUUUAUCCAUUCAAAACUAUCAAAUGCUAUAUGACAGCAUGCUACUGAGUAAAUAAAGACAACUGCAGUUG